GGAAAAGGGGUUUCACGAAGGAGCGGGGUUCUUUUUAAUAGGGGACAGAGCGGUUGGGAAGACUCGCUCACCCGCUUCCCGGCUCCAGCGCCCCAGUUCCCUGUCCCUCUUACCGUAGUUCCCCUCCCCCUCCACACCCAGAAAUAGCCCGCGACACCAGGAGGCCGCCAGCUUCCCCAGGAGCGGGGAGGGGGACGCCCGGGGUAGAGGAGGGUCCCAUUUAGAUGCCCUUCAGCCUGCCAACUCGUGCUGGCCUGGCAAAGAAGCGGACCCCCUGGCCGGAGCGGCCGGCUGGCCCCUGGGCUGUGUGUAUUUUUAAUACAUCUGCCGGGAACGCAGAGCACUGAGGGAGAUGGGGGCGCUCAGUUCGCUGAGGAAGGUGGCUGGUGGCCCAUGGACCCACCACCACCUCUCUUAGCCUCCUGUGUGGGAGGAGUUUAUGGGUAUGUGGCUCCUGCCCAGUCCAGGGUCAUCAAUGCUGGCAAGAGUCGGCACAAUGAGGACCAGGCUUGCUGUGAAGUGGUGUAUGUGGAAGGUCGGAGGAGUGUUACAGGAGUACCUAGGGAGCCUAGCCGAGGCCAGGGACUCUGCUUCUACUACUGGGGCCUAUUUGAUGGGCAUGCAGGAGGUGGAGCUGCUGAAAUGGCCUCACGGCUCCUGCAUCGCCAUAUCCGAGAGCAGCUGAAGGACCUGGUAGAGAUACUUCAGGACCCUUCGCCACCACCCCUCUGCCUCCCGACCACUCCGGGGACCCCAGAUUCCUCCGAUCCCUCUCACUUGCUUGGCCCUCAGUCCUGCUGGUCUUCACAGAAGGAAGUGACCCACGAGAGCCUGGUAGUGGGGGCCAUUGAGAAUGCCUUCCAGCUCAUGGAUGAGCAGAUGGCCCAGGAGCGGUGUGGCCACCAAGUGGAGGGGGGCUGCUGUGCACUGGUUGUGAUCUACCUGCUAGGCAAGGUGUACGUGGCCAAUGCAGGCGAUAGCAGGGCCAUCAUUGUCCGGAAUGGUGAAAUCAUUCCAAUGUCCCAGGAGUUUACCCCGGAGACUGAGCGCCAGCGUCUUCAGCUGCUUGGCUUCCUGAAACCAGAGCUGCUAGGCAGUGAAUUCACCCACCUUGAGUUCCCCCGCAGAGUUCUGCCCAAGGAGCUGGGGCAGAGGAUGUUGUACCGGGACCAGAACAUGACCGGCUGGGCCUACAAAAAGAUCGAGCUGGAGGAUCUCAGGUUUCCUCUGGUCUGUGGGGAGGGCAAAAAGGCUCGGGUGAUGGCCACCAUUGGGGUGACCCGAGGCUUGGGAGACCACAACCUUAAGGUCUGCAGUUCCACCCUGCCCAUCAAGCCCUUUCUCUCCUGCUUCCCUGAGGUACGAGUGUAUGACCUGACACAAUAUGAGCACUGCCCAGAUGAUGUGCUAGUCCUGGGAACAGAUGGCCUGUGGGAUGUCACUACUGACUGUGAGGUAGCUGCCACUGUGGACAGGGUGCUGUCGGCCUAUGAGCCUAAUGACCACAGCAGGUAUACAGCUCUGGCCCAAGCUCUGGUCCUGGGGGCCCGGGGUACCCCCCGAGACCGUGGCUGGCGUCUCCCCAACAACAAGCUGGGUUCCGGGGAUGACAUCUCUGUCUUCGUCAUCCCCCUGGGAGGGCCAGGCAGUUACUCCUGAGGGGUUGAACACCAUCCCUCCCACCAGCCUCUCCAUACUUACUCCUCUCACAGCCCAAAUUCUGAAGUUGUCUCCCUGACCCUUCUUUAGUGGCAACUUAACUGAAGAAGGGAUGUCCGCUAUAUCCAAAAUUACAGCUAUUGGCAAAUAAACGAGAUGGAUAAA